AUGCGCUCGACCUUUAAGGAGCAUGUAGGAGCAUAUGCAGAAGAUUUGAGGCUUGAUACUGAGCGUCGUCUCAUUUCUAAAGGCUCUGUUCGUGUCAGGUUCGAAUAUAUAAAAUGGAACGAGUAUCAAAAAGCGGACGAGACGAAGAAGAAACCUGAUCUGAAGCGUCUAGAGCACCUCAAACGAAUAUUUCGAACGGAAGGUUGUCGUCCACUACCAGCGAAGCACCACAUACCUGCUAUCGUUGAACCAGAUCUGCUUGACACUGCGAUAGAGGUUUCCCGACGAAAGAAUGAAUUGAAGACGGACACUCUGCCGAGCAAUUAUGCCAUCAUACACACGCAGGAUGGAUACCCAGAACUUGAAUUUCCUGGUGGUAUUCAGUGUCUUCACGGGCUCCACAGGAUCGAAGCCGGGAAAGAAUGGCUCUCACUAAGCCAGAUAUGGUGGAUUGUAGAUCUGUACCUUUCGAACAUCAGCUGGGAGUUGAAAAACUUUCUCAUCGAGGAGUAUGCAAAUGAAGAGAAGCCUUGCCAAGGCGAGAUCUAUCGCAAGAUCCGUGAUUAUCAGGAUCUGCCGAAGAUUCCCGGCAGCAGACUCUCUCCUACUACCUGUAUAAGCCUCGAGAUGCGUUGGUGGGCUCAGCUGAACGAAAGCAGAGAGGGCAAGCUCCGGAGUCUCUUCAAAUCCACGCUUGCUGCCGGAUUCGACGCUCUCACGAAAUUCCCAGGACUUUUCGAUGCUGGUAUGAUGAUCACUACGCUAAAUACCAUAAUGGCAACAAAGUCCUACAAAGAUAGAUUCUUGAAAGGAAUCAAGGAUAGGAGCAGAAGAGUAGAUAAAGCUACUGUCAAAGAGAUGAAACGCCGGGCACCAGGUGUAUCGACCCUAGAUGCUGACUUCUUGCGCGACCAGGUUCUAAGUGGGAAGAAGAUUUUCAGUGACUUCAGUCCUCGAGAACGCAAGGUUAUAUGGAAGAACAUCCUCGCAUUCAAGAGCAUCAUACCUUCCUUGUUCACAUUUUUUCAAGAUGUCCAUCUUUUAGAAGCCUGUGUUGAUAGUUUAAAGUGGCUAGUGACAGUUUCUUGUGAAGAAGUAACGGUAUCUGCUGCGUUCGACAACCGGUAUAAGAGCAAGAGAGAGAUCCAGCGAGUCCAGACGACCGAAAGUGCCUUCCGUCCUGUGACAGGAAGUCCGGAAGAUUGUAUGAGGCUUGGAUAUUUGGUGUUGGUCGCUUUUGCUAUGCGUAACCACCAAAACUUGCCUAAAGCGCCGGUCAAGAAAAAUUUGAAGACAAAACCAAGAGUAAAGGCAGAUGCGGAAGUGCUGCAGCGAUUUGCUUCUCUCGCUGCAGAUGAGGGCUUCAAAUCUCCAGAGAUCGAGGCAUUGAAAGGAGAGGUUGGCCCACUUGUGAGCCCAGACACUCAAGAGUCUGCUCCUCUCGUCAUCACGACCGGCCCGGGUCAGGAUAUAAAGCAAAGAUGUGGGCUCCCACAUAGCGAUACUUUUGAACAGGACCGAAAUCAUCUAUUCUUACACCACUUGAGUAAAGAUAUGGUUGAGACUGACGAAGGCAUUACCUCCUUUUUUGUCCUCAAGUCUUGGUUCGCUGCCUUUUUUAACCCGCCUCCUUGGACGAACCAAGCUACCAGUAGGGACAGCUCAAGCACAUCUCUACUGCUAGCUCAUAGCACACGUAUCGGCGAGGAAGACGUGAACAUGGGAGAUGCACAACCGGGAACUCUGAAUCAGCGAGACUUGGGGCAGGAGACGGAACAAAUCACGCAGGAGCUAGGUUCACAGGGGCUAGAUAUGGAGGAGCAGAUACAAGAAAUAAUCGAAUCAGCACAGCAAAAGAUGAAUAGAACCGCAACAGUAGCCACCCAAAUACUCGGCGAAGAGGAAGAUACGCUAUUUGGUAGGCUUCUCGUCCGAGAUGUCUCUAUAUUGCUGAUGGGAAUUUGUCUAGUGUCGAGAUUGCCUACGCCGCAGAGAGCAGUCUUAGAAGCUGACGACACCGUAGUCAUACGCUUCGUGGAGCGAGAGGGUGACGAGAGUGAUAUGUUAAGCCCUGUAGAGGAACAUGUGGGAGAGGUACAAGAGCUGAAAGUAGACCAUGGCGACCCAGCCUCUCUCGUCAAGCAAAUAGUCCUUGAAUUCUUUCUCAAAGGCAAGAGAACGUGCGACAGAUAUAAAAAGUAUGUGCCAGCGGAUCAUUGCUACAAUGUGGCGACUAGAGAAGAGAACAAAAACACGUUGUUCUUGAUUCCGGAUGUACAUUACACCCGAGAAGCAGGGAUGGGCAUCCACGAGACGCCCGAAGGCGCCAUGGAAGAUCCGAGAGAUCACGAAAGUACUCAGGAAAUUAUACAGGAGCCAUGGGGGGAACGCCAGGUAACAGAAUGUCUAGAAGGUCACAGAACGCCCGAUUCAGAUGGCGAGUCACUCGAGGCCCUACUAGAACAAGCGCAGGAAAACGCGACCAAUGCGCGUAUACUCGACAAAAACACGAUCAUCAUCCGAUUGUGGACAAGCGUACAGGACACGCUCAACAUCCUGGGACUUGAUGACUGCUAUAAGGCAGCCGUAGAGGACGAAGAUCAUGCUCUGUACUCGAUGGUGCCAUCUCCGCGAACAGAAGAAGAAAGGGUUGCAGAACGUACCAUGCUAUGGAAAUCUCCAUUCUUACUACCCCCGGAAGCACUGCACUGGCGUAAGGAGUCUAGUAGGGGAAGACGUCGUGCACCUCCACAGGCUCAGGAAGGGUUGCACGGCUUGGAAAGCUCUUCGUUUACGCCCCCGCCUGGUCUCCGUCCGCUUCCGCCAGAACAGAAAUCGGUCAAAGAUCCACCAAAAUUCCAUUGGAGCAUUCCCUCACCUCCGCCACAGCCCGAACAAAAACUUGUCGAACAUACAGUUCCGCCUCGACAGGAAUUGGCUCGAGCUCCAUCUUGGUUCCAUAGGAACGUUUCCUCACCCCCGCAUGUGUCUGAGCAUAGACUCGUCGAACAUACAACGGAGGACUACAGGGAUCUGCCUCUGUCCGAACAUGAACUGUUCUUGAUCGAAUCUUGGUCCCGCGGACACGUUCUCACUUUUCCACCUCCGUCCGAACUCGAACUUGCCGAACAUACAACAGAGGACCACAGCGGCAACCCAGCGUUUCCACCUCUAACCAAACAUCAAUUGCCCUUGGUCGAAGCUACAUCCGAGGUCCAUAAAGAUAAGAUAGUGAGGAGCGAGAGGAAAUUUGGAAAGGCUUUUCAAAACGAAUCAACCGAAAUUAGGAGGAGGCCGAAGAAAGCAUCUAGCCACCCAGAGACGGCAGAUGGAGAUAUGGAGGUUGAUGAUAGGGUCAAAGUUUGGUCCAAAGCUUGGGUAAGGGACAUCAAGCCCGCCUCCGGUGCUCGCCGAACUCCGAAUAACCAUAACAAUAAUUGA